AUGUCAUCUGCGCUUAUCGUUGGUGGCGUUGGUAUGGUAGCUAUUGGACUGGUUGGACGACUGAUGCUACGAAAUCGUGUAGCGUUCCUAAAAAUGGCCAAAACAUUGCCGGUUGCAAAUAGUAUGUCAAAGUACUAUCGUGGCGGUUUCGAGCCUGUUAUGACACGACGUGAAGCAGCACUGGUCCUGGGUAUAUCACCUAGUGCUCCAGCGUCAAAAGUGAAAGAAGCGCAUAAACGUAUAAUGAUUGCCAAUCAUCCUGAUCGUGGUGGUUCACCCUAUUUGGCUGCAAAAAUUAAUGAAGCAAAAGACAAAUUGGAAUCAACAAGACACGAUUAA